UGCCUGACCUGGCUUUCCUUCGUUAAACUUAUCUCCGGCCGCUUUUCGAGUUAUUGAUAUCUAUCACCCCUCUCGCUCGCUUUGUCUGUUACAGUCCGGCUUCAUUCAGGUGUAUGGAUAUUCGAGACAAUGUUCACUCCGAUCGAAACGAGCAUAGGAGCGUUUCUGCUCCAUGAAGCGACGAGCAUUUUGCUGUUUCAGAAUGGAAGUGUUUUAGGAGUUUCCGGGUUCCUGAGGGAACUGUUCAAUGGGCCAUCCCGUGGAACGUUGACAUUCUUUGCGGGAAUGGCUGCGAGUUAUGUGCCGCUGAAGCUGUUUUUGCCUGAACUUAUGGCUACGUUUCCUGAGGCACCGAGCUCUCUGGCGGCAGCUUUGGUGACAGUGGGGAUUGGCGCUCUGGUGGGAUGGGGAACGAAGUUGGCUAACGGAUGCACAAGCGGCCAUAUGCUGUGCGGCAUGUCUCGACUGAGUCCCUACUCCACGGCCGCCGUAGCUACUUUCUUUCCCGCAGCCAUGAUAACACAUCAUCUUGCCCACCCUUCCCUCAAAACAGACGUCUGCAACUCGGCACUCCCCUGCUACACGCCCACAUAUCCGUCCAGGGAAACAACAACUACUCUCAUCCUCCUCGCCACCUUGAUCGCCAUCGCCAGCAGGACUCUUCCCAAGCUCGUCAACAAAGCGACCAGCCACAGCAAAAGCGACCGCGAGUCACCCGCCCGCCGCACGACACAGUUCCUCUCCGGCCUCGAAUUCGGCCUCGGUCUCUACGUAACCGGCAUGGCGUACCCUUCCAAGGUCCUCUCCUUCCUGUCCUUCCCUGAUUUCGAAAACUGGGACCCUUCCAUGGGCCUCGUCAUUCUUUUCGGCAUCAUCCCCAACAUUCUUGAGAUCCAGGCGAGAGGAUUCACAGAGCCCCCUAGUUUCAACGACAAAUUCGAGUUUCCCCGGCGCACGAUUAGCGACAUCGAUUGGAAGUUGAUUCUGGGCUCGGCUGUGUUCGGUAUCGGGUGGGGCUUGUCCGGGGCCUGUCCGGGGCCGUCGGUGUUGAGGAGUAUCUCGCAACCGGUUUGGGGGCUCUUGUGGAUGACGGGGUAUUUCUUGGGCGGAAAGGCUUGUAAUUUUUAGAAGGAUGGAAGCUCGUGAUAUUGCAUCAGCGAGCGUCAUCAUCGGGAGGUCUUCGUGUUGGGGUUAUUCAUCAGAG